UUAAUAGUUGAAUAUACAUAUAAAAUAUUAGCAUACACAUAUGAUAACUUUUUCAUAUGCCAUUGCAGUAUUUUUAGAUUGGAGAUAAACCAUCAAAACUAUAGAACAAAAUAUUUAAGCUAGAGUGAUAUUUAUUCUAAAUCACUUUCUAUUCUAAAAUUUUGUUGCAUCUUCUUUUUUUCCUCCUAAAUCCUAAGGGUAUAUGAAAAGACAAAGAAAAUUCAAGCAAAUUACAACUUAAGGCAAAGAAAACUCUCAUAAGCAAUUCCUGUAUUUUACUUAGCAUUUUCUAUGAAAUUCCAUUUCCACAGACACUAAGGUAAUUUACCAUUUAGUUGAAUUGUUUGAUUAAUUUUCUAUGUUUUAAGCACAAUAUCAGGUACUUACAGAAGGUAUAAUUAAAAAUCACAUCCCUUGUUUUCCAUGAACUUAUGCUCUCAAACCCAAAAUUCUUUCAAUAAGAAACAAACUAUUUUCAUGAAUAUAACUGAAUUAGAUUAAGGAAACCAAUGUUGGUGACUUGGAAAUACCAAUAUGGCACGAAGAUGUUCAGGGUGAUUUUAUUUAUUUUAUCAAAUGAUAAUAAAAUUUAUUUUAUAGUUGAAAAGCCUAUUUCUGUCAUAUCAUUGAUUCUGUUACAUAAAGUGCUAAAUUUUGAUAUCUCAUAUUAUGCUACUAUGGCUUACAUUAGAAAUAAUAUGUGUCAAAUAAAAACUCAUCUAGAUCAAUAGACUUUUCCUUUGUGGAUCCUUUUUUAAAACUACCAAGUUUGAGAAUAUGAAUAUAUUUGUUUUUCAUAUUGUUCUGCAAUGAAUAUGAAGUCACUUAUAAUCAGAAAGCAAUUAAAUGUAAAUAACAGUAAAGAAUGAGAACUAUAGAAAAUAGAUAUGAAAAGGCAAGCCCACAGAGAUGAGAAUAGAUCAUGUGGAACGUAAACACUAAAGAGCUGCUUUUAUAAAACUUCAAUUUUUUCUUUGAGUUCCCUAGCAGCCAAAGUAACAAGGGAGACUGAAAGUAAAACAAUUCAAAUUUGAUAGUAUUUUUAUAUGAGGAACAACACUUUCAGGAAAUGUUUAACCCUAGUUUUUCAUGAGGCCACUUUAACAACUGAAUUCUCUUUCUCUCUCACUCUCUCUGUGUAUAUGUAUUUUAGAUAAGUAAAAGAACAAUGUUAUAAUGUUAAGUCAAACAUAGACACAAUAAUUUAAAUUUGAUGUUAAUCGAGAAAUAAAAUGCCAUUUCCAUAUAUAUUUAGUUUCAAUAUGACUUAUAAUGUGAAUAUUCCAUAAAUAAGCACGUUGGAAAUAUUUGGGGGAAGAAACCCAAAACACGUGAAAUUCUGUGGUGGUAAAUGCAGUGCACAGUACUCACAGUUUUAGGCGCAAGGUGUCGCUCUUUACUUGGUGGAAAGUUCAUUUAAAGGUUGGUCUGAACAGUGAGGCACUCCCAUACAAAGGGACUCCAUCAUACCGGAUGCCACCGUUUAAGGAUCCUUUGAAACUUCUCAAGAAUUCAACGAGAUUUUUAACCUGAAACUGAAGAAUCUGGUACUGUAAGUGUAAAGAAGCUUAUUUUGGAAGCCAAUUUCGUAUGCGAUGUUUGGUUUUCAGAGAAGGGGAUUGGGCACCCCACGACUACAGCUCUGGCUUCUCCUCCUCGAAUUCUGGGAGGUGGGGAGCGGCCAGCUCCACUACUCCGUCUCGGAGGAGGCCAAACACGGCACCUUCGUGGGCCGCAUCGCGCAGGACCUGGGGCUGGAGCUGGCGGAGCUGGUGCCGCGCCUGUUCCGGGUGGCGUCCAAAACACAUGGGGACCUUCUGGAGGUAAAUCUGCAGAAUGGCAUUUUGUUUGUGAAUUCUCGGAUCGACCGCGAGGAGCUGUGCGGGCAGAGCGCGGAGUGCAGCAUCCACCUGGAGGUGAUCGUGGACAGGCCGCUGCAGGUUUUCCAUGUGAACGUGGAGGUGAAGGACAUUAACGACAACCCGCCGGUGUUCUCGCUCAGAGAACAAAAGCUGCUGAUUGCGGAAUCUAAGCAAUCGGACUCGCGUUUUCCACUAGAGGGAGCUUCUGAUGCUGACAUUGAAGAGAAUGCUCUAUUGACCUACAGGCUAAGUAAAAAUGAGUAUUUUUCUUUAGAUUCACCAACAAAUGGUAAGCAGAUUAAAAGACUGUCACUUAUUUUAAAGAAGUCUCUGGAUAGAGAGAAAACUCCGGAACUUAAUUUGCUGCUAACAGCUACAGACGGGGGAAAACCAGAGCUUACUGGCACCGUUCGGCUGUUAGUCCAAGUCUUGGAUGUCAACGACAAUGAUCCAGAGUUUGAUAAAUCAGAAUAUAAGGUGAGCCUUAUGGAAAACGCUGCUAAAGAAACUCUUGUGCUCAAACUAAACGCCACAGACCGAGACGAAGGAGUCAAUGGAGAGGUAACAUACUCCUUAAUGUCAAUUAAGCCCAAUGGAAGACACUUAUUUACACUAGAUCAAAAUAAUGGAGAAGUGAGGGUCAAUGGAACUUUAGAUUAUGAAGAAAACAAGUUUUAUAAAAUUGAAGUACAGGCUACAGAUAAGGGGACUCCCCCAAUGGCAGGUCACUGUACAGUCUGGGUGGAAAUCUUGGACACCAACGAUAACUCUCCUGAAGUCGCCGUGACUUCCUUGUCCCUCCCAGUACGAGAGGACGCUCAGCCCAGCACGGUCAUUGCCCUGAUCAGCGUGUCUGACCGUGACUCCGGUGUCAACGGACAGGUGACCUGCUCGCUGACGCCCCACGUUCCCUUCAAGCUGGUGUCCACCUUCAAGAAUUACUACUCGUUGGUGCUGGACAGCGCCCUGGACCGCGAGAGCGUGUGGGCCUAUGAACUGGUGGUGACUGCGCGGGAUGGGGGUUCGCCUUCUCUGUGGGCCACGGCCAGGGUAUCCGUGGAGGUGGCCGACGUGAACGACAAUGCGCCUGCGUUCGCACAGCCCGAGUACACCGUGUUCGUGAAGGAGAACAACCCGCCAGGCUGCCACAUCUUCACAGUGUCGGCACGGGACGCGGACGCGCAGGAGAACGCGCUGGUGUCCUACUCGCUGGUGGAGCGGCGGUUGGGCGACCGCGCGCUGUCAAGCUACGUGUCGGUGCACGCGGAGAGCGGCAAGGUGUACGCGCUGCAGCCGUUGGACCACGAGGAGCUGGAGCUGCUACAGUUCCAGGUGAGCGCGCGCGAUGCGGGCGUGCCGCCUCUGGGCAGCAACGUGACGCUGCAGGUGUUCGUGCUGGACGAGAACGACAACGCGCCGGCACUGCUGGCGACUCAGGCUGGCAGCGCGGGAGGCGCAGUUAACAAGCUAGUACCGCGGUCGGUGGGUGCGGGCCACGUGGUGGCGAAGGUGCGCGCAGUGGAUGCGGACUCAGGCUACAACGCGUGGCUUUCAUAUGAAUUGCAGCCGGCGGCGGGCGGCUCGCGCAUCCCGUUCCGCGUGGGGCUGUACACGGGCGAGAUAAGCACAACGCGUGCCCUGGACGAGGCGGACUCGCCGCGCCACCGACUUCUAGUACUGGUGAAGGAUCACGGUGAGCCGGCGCUGACGGCCACGGCCACCGUGCUGGUGUCGUUGGUGGAGAGCGGACAGGCGCCAAAGGCCUCUUCCCGGACUUUGGUGGGCGCCGCGAGCCCAGAGGCUGCGCUGGUGGAUGUCAACGUGUACCUGAUCAUCGCCAUCUGCGUGGUGUCCAGCCUGCUGGUACUCACGCUGCUGCUGUAUACGGCGCUGUGGUGCUCGGCAACGCCCACUGAGGGCGCGUGCGCGCCGGGGAAGCCCACGCUGGUGUGCUCCCGCGCGGUGGGGAGCUGGUCAUACUCGCAGCAGAGGCGGCAGAGGGUGUGCUCUGAGGAGGGCCCACCUAAGACGGACCUCAUGGCCUUCAGCCCCAGUCUUCCUCUAGGUCUGAAUAAAGAGGAGGAAGGGGAAAGACAGGAGCCAGGGUCAAAUCACCCCGGACAGCCACGACAGCCCAACCCUGACUGGCGUUACUCUGCCUCCCUGAGAGCAGGCAUGCACAGCUCUGUGCACCUAGAGGAGGCUGGCAUUCUACGGGCUGGUCCAGGAGGGCCUGAUCAGCAGUGGCCAACAGUAUCCAGUGCAACACCAGAACCAGAGGCAGGAGAAGUGUCCCCUCCAGUCGGUGCGGGUGUCAACAGCAACAGCUGGACCUUUAAAUACGGACCAGGCAACCCCAAACAAUCCGGUCCCGGUGAGUUGCCAGACAAAUUCAUUAUCCCAGGAUCUCCUGCAAUCAUCUCCAUCCGGCAGGAGCCUGCUAACAGCCAAAUUGACAAAAGUGACUUCAUAACCUUCGGCAAAAAGGAGGAGACCAAGAAAAAGAAGAAAAAGAAGAAGGGUAACAAGACCCAGGAGAAAAAAGAGAAAGGGAACAGCACGACUGACAACAGUGACCAGUGAGGUCCUCAAAUGGAAACAAGCCACUUAGCCAGUUUUUGUAAUAAUGGCAAAUCUCUCCCAUGUAGCAAUUCCCUGCUCCUUUUUCCUAUCUACAUGAGCCCUCUUAGAGACCUCAGAAAUCUGCAGAAAGUUCCCUGUGUCUGUCUAGAACGCAUUUAACAGGUUUUGUCGUAAAAGCUUUACUAAGUCUGGUGUUAACUCUUUCUCUCCACUCUGGCUUGUUUUCAGAACCUAAAAAGCAGACCCAAGUUUCCUUUCUCCUCCGCCGCAAAGGAGAGGCUUCCCAGCCCCGCCAGUGAGAGGUUGGACUCUCUGCCCUGUGCUCCGGGGAUCCUGUCUUGAUGACACUUGCAGGGCAGGCUGAAAAGUUUUGAGAUUGAGCAGCUUGGGUGUUUGUGGCCACUGGGUAUGUGUGGCUACCGCGGGUAUGCGAGUGCCAGAUAUUGGCUGAGACGAGCCAGCUUAGACUAAUUGGUACAAGGAAGGCAAGAAAACAAAGACAAAUAAACAGCGGAAGUUAUCAGUAUGGAGGGGAAGUGUAAACUUAAAGGGACCAGACUUUCUAAAUCUUACAACUCAAGAGGUGGCGGCCACCCUCUAGGAGACAAAACUACCCCCACUGACAAGGCUUUAGGAGACCCUAAAGUCUGUUGGCUGUGACGUCAUUAUACCUAAAAUCUGCAUCAUACCUGCAAGCCAACAGUUCAAUGUUUUAACAGAGAACCACCCUGGGAAACAGAAGCAGAUCUGAUGUGUUUCCUAUACAUGUCCUGUGCUCACUUUAUUAAAAAUUCUUUUGCACACAAUGUUUAUGAAAAGGCCAGAUCCUUUUCCAAUACUUAUGCAAAAGCAAAAGAAAACCCCGACACCUCACCUUUCGCUGUUUGUUGUUUCAUAGAUUUAUUUAAAAAAAAAGAGAAAGUCUAUAGCUAUAAAUCUUUAAAGAGAAAUAUGAAUACAAUUCCCCUACACUCUCCUCAAAAGAGAAUUCAGUCUACAGCCAUUUAAAUGAUCAUUGCUGCUACAGAAGUGCUUUAAGAGAAUUGCCUGAAACAUCUGUAUUAUAUCGGCCACCUGCCAAUCACAGCUUUACUCUUUCAGGUCACUCUGGGGCUGCCUCUUGCAUGUAUUACUAAAUAAAAUGAUCUCUCUUUCUCUCUCUCUCUCUUUUCUAAGAAACAAUUAUGUGCACUUUGAUACACAACCUUCUCUAACCAACUAUAUAUCAAGACCCAAAAAUGGAAGAAAAAUAUUGUUUUCUCAUACAGUGAGCAGAUUUUUCAAUCUACUAAUUCUGUGACUUGUCUUGGUGUGCUAGCCUACACCUUCUCUUUGGUUUAGUUUUCUUUUUCUAUAACACUCUGAAUUGCUAAUCUUACUAACACCUAUGAUGUUACCUGAAAUCAAUCUCCCAUAUGUAUGCUGUAUGCUAUGCUAAGACUCCUGAAAUAUACUUACUCUGUGCUUGUGUAUGUGAAUGUUAAUGCAACUAUUACCUAGAGUGAACUUUAAACUUUAUUGUUGAAUGUAAUUCCAUUAUAUUUCCUUUUGUACACCUGUGAAAAAGUGGAGUAGUGUUUUUUUAACCAUUGUUAAUCAGCUUUUGUGUAUGAAAGACACAGUAAAAUUUCUUUCUUAAAUCAAGAUACUGGUGAUUCAAGGAAUUUUAUUUAUGGUCCAGCCAAGAGCCAUCUCUUGCCAAGACUUCUGCUGGCAAGGGAAUGGGUAAAGCUGUUUUGUUCUAGUAACAAUUUUGGAAUGAAUACUGACAAUAUUCCAUGAGGGUGUGCAAGCACAAAUUUUACCAAUCUGACCUCUUUGAAGUUGCAGAAUGCUUUGAAAUUCUAAUGGUAUCUGAAAUAUCAGCUCAUAGAAAGUAACAAAAUUUGCUGUCACCUUAAAUAAGACAUUUUAAUUUUGUUAUAAUGUACAAUUUAGAAGUUUGAUUAAUUAUAUUAUCUAUUUAGGCAUUAAUAUAAAAGAGGUAGGAGUCUGUUAUUUAAAAAAAGCAUUAAAUUAAAAAAAAACUGUCAUGUCUACUUUUAGCUUCAUUCUCCCAUAUUUUGAAGGGUGUGUAACUUCAGCUCUGCAGGAUUGCAUGGGGUAAAACUUGUUGCCAACACAUGUGAACCAUUGCUACAUUGUAGGUUGUGAUCAUUUUGCCCCACUGAAGCCCAUGUAUCUGACCUUACGUGCCUUUUGAACUAGGAGAAUCGGGCUAAUUUAUUAAUGAUGAUAAUUAUAAUGUAUCUGUACAGCACUUUUUACAUUUGCGAAGUGCUUUCCAAUCCAUGUUAGUUACUAGUUAUUACAGCUGUAAGGAUAAAACACGUCAUGUGGAUUCAUUUUGAAUUGGUGCUAUUGGUAUUUCCUCUGUUAUUGCUAAUAAAUGAAAAUGGUGGUAUGAAAGA